GAAGACUUCCAGCGUCAAGCCUGGAGAGACUUAUCGUCAAUUCAACAACGUUUCUCAGCCUCCACUUUCAUUCAAAGACUGGAACAAAACACAUGGUUGCUUGCCAACACCCAUUCUUUCAGGAAAGAUGGAGCCGCGCGGAAAACAACAUCUUGAUUUCGAUUCGGCUGGUGGAGACCUGGUCAAUAACGACCGUAAAGUUCCCUCUUAGAGAGGAUGUAGUGGGGACAAGUUGGAUUCCAAUCCAUGACGUCAUAUUACUACCAGCCCAAGCAUUAGUCGGAAGCGGAAGGAGCGGCCGCGUGGAGAUUGUUUUCGUAGCAUACAAGAACAUUCAAGACUUUAUUUCUCCUGAGGAUCAUUUUUCUGUUUCUACCAACUUCGAUGACACCCAGAAUUCAAUGGUGGUCAAUAAAACACAAAUAAUCAACUCACGUGUUCUUAGCGCCUCUAUUGAUCGGUAUCGAAUGGUGCGACUUCACCAGCCUGUGACCAUUAUUCUGAAGCAUUUACAGGAAGAAAACGUUACUAAUCCACAAUGCGUUUACUUGGAGUUUAGUACGAGGCACUGGUCUGCUGAAGGCUGUUGGAUAAUAGAAACAAAUAAGUCUCAUACAAAGUGUUCUUGUAAUCACCUGACAAACUUUGCCUUAAUCAUGGAUAUUUCUCCUAACAAGAUAGAAAAGGAUAAUCUAUUAACUGUCGAAAUAGUGACGAUCGUAGGAUGUGGAAUAGCUAUAUUUUUCUUAUUGGUCACUUUUGUAACUCUUCAUUUUAUUAGAGGCGUAAAAGAUGAUCGGCACGUGAUUCAGAAAAACACGUGUUUCUGUUUGGUUGUUUCUGAAGUGGUUUUUAUUGGAGGAAUUGACAAAGUGAUGAGCAGAGUCAUAUGUGGUGUUGUGGCCGGAUUAUUACACUAUUUAUUUUUAACUGCUUUCAUGUGGAUGUUUCUAGAGUCCCUCCAGUUACUCCUAAUGUCUUUGGAAAAGAAGAAUUACAAUGGUACUGCUAGGCGUCGCUGGAGGUGGUAUUACUGUUCAGGAUAUGGCUUACCUAUUAUAUCUGUGGGUGUCUGUGCUAUCAUCAAUCCUCAGACGUACGGGACCAAGUCCUACUGCUGGUUAGAAAUAGACAACUUCAUUAUCUUUGGAUUUGUAGGACCUGCCCUUGUUUGCGUUUUAGUGUCUUUUACAUUUUUGUGUAUCGUAACUGCAAGAGUUUGUCGAAAAAUUGAUAGAUCCCUUACCUGCAAAAAUAAAGAGCAAUCAAAGUUUGUUAACUUAAGAUCGUGGUGUCGGCAUAGUGUUUGUAUCCUUAUCCUGCUGAGCCUAACAUUGGGAUUAGCUCAGUGGUUUCUUCUAUGGAAAACAUCCUUGACAGGGUAUCUCUUCACAACUGUUAACAGUAUUCAAGGUCUUUUCAUAUUCAUAUUAUUUUGUCUCCGAAAUUCAAAGGUAAGAAAAGAACUAAUGAAAGCUCGCUGUUGUUCCCGAUGGCUAACGGAUUGUUGCCGCAAACCUCACAGUGGUCAGUCGAACCUCUACGUACAUACCAACGGCCAGAUGACACUACCGCCACCUAACGCCAUCAGUGGCCAUCACACUGUGGGUACUCUCGUUCUUCCCACCCCUUCUACUGUUUCUUCCUUGUCUCUGGCCCAAGGGUUGUGGAGGUCAAUAAAAGAGCAACAGAAGGAAAACCAAGUCGAUAUCAUGGAUGCUACUACACCAGAUCUUCCUUUUAUUCCUAUGGUGGGAUUCCGAGCUCAUGAUCACGUGGUUCGAAAUACGAGACUGGGAAACAAAUUUGGAUUAUGUUCAGAGUUGAAUAGUGAGAAUGGCUACUUUUGUUCAUCAUUUUCUACUAGUCGGAAAUACUCAGAUCGUGAGCAGGAAUUACGGAACGAAGCGACAUCUAGUGUUUACUACUUUAGACCGAAUCAUAAAUACGAAACAAUCGAUCAAGAAUUUACGAUUAAUAACUAUAGACUCAGACCUAGAGUAGAACCUGAAUGUGACAAUGAAUUUGGUUUGUUGGCAGCGUGUGACAUAGCAAUUGAAAACCCUUCUAAACACCGGCCAAUGAAACAGCACGAAUCAGGCCCAGAAAAUGCUGCAAAAUCCGCAUUAUCAGUUGCAUUAACAUCAUCUACACGAUCACGAAACUUGUCUUUGUUUCGAGACGGGUAUUUACGGCCUCACGUGGCUUACAGUGGAAUCAACAGUCCAACAGAGUCUGAACGUUCUUUUAGCAGCCUAGUGAACGAUCAGAGUUCAGUCUCUUUAUCUUCUUCAUCUUCGAGCCCACACAAGAGCAGUUCAAACUCACCCUCUCACGAAACAGGGGCAGAGAAUAAGCUUUUACAAAGUUUACCUAAUUUAGAAACUUCUGAAGAAUACGGAUUUUCAACCUUCUCAAACGUUCUCAAAUUCCCAAGUGACAACACGGCACUUAACUGCAACUUCAGAGUUGAAAGUGACAUAACCCAACCAAUGGAAUCCUAGAAAUACUAAAAAAAAUUGUCAAACCCACUCAUUCGAGCAAUUUCAGAAAAGGUUCACUUUCCUAAGCCUCUCGGGUCAUAAGGUUUUUUCGGUUCGUCUAAUAUUCGUGAUCGCAUGUGCUCACCAAGUCUUAAAAAAAAACCAAAAAAAAACCUUAUCCUGUUUGGGCACACACUAGUCAGAAA